AUGUCUCUCCAGUUUUCUCAGCAGGCACCGUGGAGGAACAACAACUUCAGUUCUCUGAACAAAGAGGCUCCUGUAACAGAACAGGGAGAGACUAUUAUAGGUUUCUACCUACUGGCUCUAGGUUGGCUGUCUUGGUUUGGAAACAGCAUUGUGAUUUUUGUCCUGUAUAAACAAAGAGCUCUUCUGCAACCCACAGAUUACCUCACAUUUAAUUUGGCGAUAUCAGAUGCUAGUAUCUCCGUGUUUGGUUAUUCACGAGGGAUCAUUGAAAUCUUCAACAUCUUUAGAGAUGAUGGAUUCAUUAUCACGUCAAUAUGGACUUGCCAGGUUGAUGGAUUCCUGACACUUCUCUUUGGCCUGGCUAGCAUUAAUACCCUUACAGUAAUCAGCGUGACUCGUUACAUAAAAGGCUGCCAUCCUGAGAGAGGUCAUUGCAUCAGCAACAGCAGUAUGACAGUGGCUCUAGUUCUCAUUUGGAUAGCAGCUUUCUUCUGGUCAGCAGCUCCAUUACUUGGCUGGGGCAGUUACACAGAUCGCAUGUAUGGAACAUGUGAGAUAGACUGGGCAAAAGCCAACUUCUCUACAAUCUACAAAUCCUACAUUGUCUCCAUUUUUAUCUGCUGUUUUUUCCUACCUGUAAUUGUCAUGGUUUUCUCAUAUGUGUCAAUUAUCAAUACUGUCAAAUUAAGUCAUAUGCUAACAGGCCUGGGUGAUCCAACAGACAGACAGAGAAGAAUGGAGCGAGAUGUCACAAGGGUUUCUAUUGUCAUUUGCACAGCCUUCAUUAUUGCAUGGUCACCAUAUGCUGUCAUCUCCAUAUGGUCUGCCUGUGGUCACUCUGUGCCCAAUCUUACCAGCAUUCUUGCCAGCUUAUUUGCUAAAUCUGCCAGCUUCUACAAUCCCAUUAUCUACUUCGGAAUGAGCUCCAAAUUUCGGAGGGACAUUUUCAUCUUGUUCCACUGUGCCAAAGAAGUCAAGGACCCUGUGAAGCUCAAACGUUUCAAAAACCUCAAGCAAAAACAAGAACCUUCUCAGAAAGAAGAGAAGUAUGCAGAAGAAAUGCCUCCUGCGUCAAGCCCUGAUUCUGGAGUUGGAAGUCCAACCAACACCCCACCUCCAGUAAACCGGGAAGUGUAUUUUGGUGUCUUUGAUACACCAUCUAAUAACCCUGAUAUUGAAUGUGAUAGACUGUAA